GCCUCGGGCCCUGUGCUUCGGCAGCGCGGCCCGGUGCCCGAGGACGGCUGGGUCGUGGGGUGUCCUCCGGCGUGGCGGCGGUGGGCGAGGACAGAGGGGUAGGAGAAGCAGCGGUAUAUCCCGGGGCACGGGAGCCGGCAGGGUCGGGGACGCCGCCCUCCUUCGCCGCUGACACGGGUGACCGGUGAAUGCUGCGCUCCCCGGAGCGGCGGAGCCUCGGGCCCCAGCAGCUAGGGGUGAGGGUCCGUCGCCAACCCCGCCGGCGCCCGCCCGCUGCCCGGCCGAGGCGCUAGGAGGAGCCGAGGGGGGCGGAGACUGGUGUCGGAGGAGGGGCGGGGUGGGAACGCGCUGGAGAAGCGGCCGCUGCACAGACAAAAACCCCCGAAUGGCUGGAGAGCCUUCUACUGUUACCAGCCUUGUGGGGCCAAGCACGGAUUUGACAGCUCCACAACGUGAGGAUAUCCGCUGACCCUGCGACAGAGGGAACACUUCCCCGUGACUCCCUGUCCAGCUAAUUGGCUCUGUAAGAUUGCAACUUUCCAACUUUGUUUUUUUCAAUCUCUGUCCAGAAGACUGCCCCUUCGUGUAGGAGAGGGUGCAAGGGCGAUCUGCCUUGCGGAUCCAUUUGAAAGCAUCAACUUAAGAGGCACGUGCGGUUCCCAAUGCCACCCAGACGCUUGUUUUCCUGACGACUGGAUUUCUCUGACUUUCUUCUCUUCGUUUCUCGGUUUAAAGCAAGACAAACUGCUUUGAGGGAAUGCUGAGAGGCAUCUGAAGGCUGCGAAAGGAAAGCUCCCGAUUGUCAUGGCUGAAGGCGAGAAUGAAGUGAGGUGGGAUGGACUAUGCAGUAGAGAUCCGACUGCUAGGGAGACAGCGCUGGAAAACAUUAGGCAGGUCGUUUUGAGAAAAACCGAAUACCUUCGUUCAGUGAAAGAGACGCUUUAUCGACCUCCGGACGGGCUUUCAAAUGCUGUUUCUCUGGAUGGGAUGAAUAAGCUCCUUGCUCAUCUGCUUAUGCUUUCUAAGAGGUGUCCCUUUAAAGACGUGAGAGAGAGAAGUGGGUUCAUUCUGAGGAGCGUCGAGGAACUUGGAAUCAGAAUUCCUCGGCCAGUAGGACAUGGACCAAGCAGGUUCAUCCCAGAGAAGGAGAUUCUACAAGUAGGGAGUGAAGACGCACAGAUGCAUGCUUUAUUUGCAGAUUCUUUUGCUGCUUUGGGUCGUUUGGAUAACAUUACGUUAGUGAUGGUUUUCCACCCACAAUAUUUAGAAAGUUUCUUAAAAACUCAACACUAUCUUCUGCAAAUGGAUGGACCAUUACCCCUCCAUUAUCGGCACUACAUUGGAAUAAUGGCUGCAGCCAGGCACCAGUGCUCCUACCUAGUGAAUCUGCAUGUCAAUGACUUCCUUCAUGUUGGCGGGGACCCCAAGUGGCUCAAUGGCUUAGAGAAUGCACCUCAAAAGCUACAGAAUUUAGGGGAACUUAACAAAGUAUUAGCCCACAGGCCUUGGCUUAUUACCAAAGAACACAUUGAGGGGCUUUUGAAAGCGGAGGAGCACAGCUGGUCUCUGGCAGAGCUGGUCCAUGCUGUGGUUCUGCUCACACACUAUCAUUCUCUUGCCUCCUUCACGUUUGGCUGUGGAAUCAGCCCAGAAAUUCACUGUGACGGCGGCCAUACCUUCAGACCUCCUUCUGUUAGUAACUACUGCAUCUGUGACAUUACAAAUGGCAAUCACAGCGUGGAUGACACGCACGUCAGCUCAGCAGGAAAUGUUUCGGUGAGCGACUCCUUCUUUGAGGUGGAAGCCCUCAUGGAGAAGAUGAAGCAGUUACAGGAAUGUCGCGAUGAGGAGGAAGCCAGCCAGGAGGAGAUGGCGUCGCGGUUUGAAAUAGAGAAGAGAGAGAGCAUGUUCGUCUUCUCUUCAGAUGAUGACGAAGCUACACCAGGAAGAGAUGUGUCUCGGCACUUUGAGGACACUAGUUAUGGCUAUAAGGACUUCUCUAGGCACGGGAUGCAUGUUCCAACGUUUCGUGUCCAGGACUACUGCUGGGAAGACCAUGGUUACUCCCUGGUGAAUCGUCUUUAUCCAGAUGUGGGACAGUUAAUUGAUGAGAAAUUUCACAUUGCUUACAAUCUUACUUACAAUACAAUGGCAAUGCACAAAGAUGUCGAUACCUCAAUGCUCAGACGGGCUAUCUGGAACUAUAUUCACUGCAUGUUUGGAAUACGGUACGACGACUAUGACUAUGGAGAAAUUAACCAGUUGUUGGAUCGUAGCUUUAAAGUUUAUAUCAAAACUGUUGUCUGCACUCCUGAAAAGGUUACCAAAAGAAUGUACGAUAGCUUCUGGAGGCAGUUCAAGCACUCUGAGAAGGUUCACGUUAAUCUGCUUCUUAUAGAAGCUAGGAUGCAAGCAGAGCUCCUGUAUGCUCUGAGAGCCAUUACCCGCUACAUGACCUGAAGCCUCUCCUCCCUAAAGAUGAUUCUGGAAUGAAGAGCAAGUGUAGUCUCCAAGGGGACGGAUCCAAGCCCCAGGACCAAUGGUAGAUAAAAAGAAUUCAGAAAUCCGUUGUGCCAUGAUUCCUUUAGUGUCUGCUGUUUUACUGUGGGAUGCCACUGCUUAUGUGCAGUGAGUGCUUGGCAGCGUCGGUGUUAGCGCUGUGAGGGAAGGCUGCUGGUCACGGCGCUCGCUUUCUUUCUCACAGUCCAGGGUGCUGGAUGCCUGUUUCAGCACAGCGACUAGUAAUUCUCCAAAUCCUGCCGCUCUCAUGUACUAGGAGAACAAGAAUUGGAGUGUGUAAAGACUGGGCCUCGGGUACUAAGUUCAUACAUAAGGAAUCACGCAGCUCUCGGUGCUGCUGUGGCUGGGGACAAAGGCGUGGCUGCUCCAGCUGAGCUACUAGUGAUUAAGGCAAGCACUGCUACUCCCCGAGCCUGCGUGCAUCCCUUGUGUGGUUUUCAACUAAACUUGUACACGUUCUUUUUCUCUCACAUCUAAAAAGCAUAGAAUUAUUACUCACGGCUCAGCAAAGACCGUGUUGAUGGCAACAGUCUGUUUCCUUCAGUAUAGCUACAGUGGCAUUCUUAAAAGAUUUCCUCCAAAGAGCAAUCUCCUGAUGAAAGUGUGUGGAUUAAAAGGAGAAUGGGCUGUCUUUUGUUAUGCUGUUUCCCACGAUUUUCUGACACUGGAGGGCAGCUGUCUUGUGCAGGGAACGUGGGGAAAAUACUGCUGCAGACGUCUGCACAGUCCCCGGAGCAUCCUGCCCCGCGUGCUCCAGUUGACCUCGUGACCCUGACUUUGAAGGUUGUGCAGCUCCUUACAGAAUAAAGCUGGAAAACGUUUUAGUGAGGCUAUCAAAUUUGUAUCUUGAUUUACAAAAUGCUAACUUUGAGAUACAAACAUUGAAAAAAAAUGUAUUAAGUACUUUGUAUUCUGGAACCGUGAAUUGCUUUUGAAGUCUGUCAGUAUUAUUGAUAUUUUUCAAUAAAGAAUAAUUUUCCGCAA